AUGGGGAGUCGUCAAAACGAUGUCGAUGAGGCAGAGGCUCCCACUUUUGAAUGGAUCUGGAAAGAUAAAAAGUUCCUCGAGUGGGAUGCAGCGAGCUCUGGGGUAUUCUGGGUAAUCGGUAAACCCGGAAGUGGCAAAUCGACCUUCAUGAAAUCGCCAGUUUCUUCUUCCACAAUCGAGGAGGAAUUCUCGAAAAAGCCUUCACGAGGCUUUCUUCAAACAAUUAUCCACCAAAUACUCUCUGAAAACCCUCCACUUUUCAAACAUAUUCUUCCCGAGUACAGAAGGCUUAAGGAGAGACUUAGUGAUGGUGGGAAGAUAGAAUGGCCACUCUCUUCAAUGUCCAAGAUUUUAAGGUCUUUGCUUGCCGAUCCCUCCGCUAGGACCAUUUACAUGUUUAUUGAUGCAAUGGACGAAUAUGGGAGGUUGAAGCUGUUUGUUACUAGCCGUCCAGAACUCUGGCUAACGAAGAUAAUUGAAACUCUGGAGGGGUCGAACAUUCGGCAUAUAAUCCUCCAAAACCUCAAUCACGAAGACGUGGAAUCCUAUAUCAAUAGUCGGGCUAGGCUUCUUAAGACAUCACACCAUGAGUACUUGAAAGACGAGCUUAUCUAUCGUUCAGAUGGUAAUUAUCUCUGGCCUAAGCUGGUGAUUGAUAUGUUGGAUGAAACGGUCUUUGGAGCCUCGCUUACGGAACUCACAGAUCUCUAUACGCAGAAGUUGAAAGGUGUGGGGCUAUCGGACAAUCAACGCGAGGAGGCAGCAGAGAUGUUUCGUUGGGUUAUUCUGGCAAAACGGCGGUUGACAGUUAAGGAUUUACGAUAUACACUAGCAAUCGGCAUACAUAAGGCUUCUUCGAUUGAAAAUAUCGAGAAUUCUGAGGAUAUACAAAGCCUUUCGGAUACAGGGGACCGAAUCCUGAGAUAUUCUGGAGGAUUGUUGGAAGUACGCUCAGGAACUGUUCAAGUCAUUCAUCAGUCAGUCAAAGAAUUUUUCCUGCGCACAGAUACUCCGUUCCGUGUCCACAAAUCCAUCGGUCAUACACGUUUGGCCGAAACUUGCGUAUCCUUUCUAUCCUUCCCCGGAAUUCUGGAUUCCCCGGAUCAGACAGACGAUUGCCGCAGAUCCAUGCCUUAUAGUCUACCCCGGUCAACACGCAACACGCCUCUAUUAGUCUACUCAUUCGAGUGUUGGGAAUUCCACUUAAAAGCUGGUAACGAACGGGAUAGCGGCCUCGUCAAAGCUGUACGAAAUCUUCUCUGGGGUUCUAAGUUAAAAUUGGAGGCAAUUUCGAUUUAUAUGUCUCGGUUCUUGCGGCAGAGUACGGAAAUUGUAGAGUUUCCAUUUCGCAUGCUCUACGACCGGAAAUAUUUUCAGCUUUCUAGAGAAAUCCUUUCAGGUGAUCUUUUCAAAGAUCCCCAAAACGUUCGCAACAAUUUUCUCUUCGCUGCAAUAAUUUACGGGUACGGGGAUGAGGUCAAAUUUUGUAUCAAAAGCGGAGCCGAUGUCAAUACUCAACUAGAUAAUGGCACGUAUGGCAAUGCCUUACAAGCCGCAGUGCACCACGGCCAACUAGAGAUAAAGAGGCUUCUGGACAAGAAGGCAGUAGAUAUCGAUGCCCAGAUUCUCGAGUAUGGUAAUGCCGUACAAGACGCACCGGGCUUCGGCCAACCGGAGGCUCUGACCGAGUAUGAUAUUAACAUUCAAGCCGUAGUGCACCACGACCAACUGGAGAUAAUGAAGGUUCUGAUCGAGAAUGGCACAGAUGUCAAUGCCCAGAGUGGCAAGUAUAGUAAUGCCUUACAAGCUGCAUGCUCGGUACGUUAUGCUCUACCGGAGGUGGUGAAGUUUCUAGUCGAGAAUGGAGCCGAUAUCAAUGCCCAGGGUGGCAAGUAUGGUAAUGCCUUACAAGCUGCAUGCUCGGCAUUCGAUGAUAAACCGGAGGUUGUGAGGUUCCUGGUCGAGAAUGGAGCCGAUGUCAAUGCCCAGGGUGGCAAGUAUGGAAGUGCCUUACAAGCCGCAUGCUCGGCAUUCUUUGUUAAACCGGGGGUUGUGAGGUUCCUGAUCGAGAAUGGAGCCGAUGUCAAUGCCCAGGGUGGUGGGUAUGGGAGUGCCUUACAAGCCGCAGCGUGCAACGUUUUCCUGGAGAGUGUGAAGCUUCUGGUCGAGAACGGGGCCGAUGUCAAUGCCCAGGGUGGCAAGUAUGGAAACGCAUUACAAGCCGCAGCGAACCACAGUCAACUGAAACAUAUGAAGUUUCUGAUCGAAAAUGGAGCCGAUGUCAACGCCCAGGGUGGCAUGUAUGGUAAUGCCUAG